UACCCCCACUACAAAGCAACGGCAAUAAACGAUCGCCAUAUCGUGUCUCGUGUUUCGUUAUUUCUUUAUGUAUUUUAAAUAAAACAACAUUCUUAUAUUACAUAAUAAAAAUAUAAAAUAGUGCUUGAUGAUUUAAGUAUAUGUAAAAAAAAUUAAAAACAUUAUUAAUAUUACGUGGGAUAUUUAAAAUCGAUAAACUGGAGUGUGUUUUUUAAUUUUAUAAAUAAAAGUAAUACAUAAUAAUGGAACUUGAAGAGGUGGAUAAAUCUCGUGUGAAAAUAAACACUAGUGGGAUUGAAAAAUGUGGAGUCGAUGGUAAUGACCAUCAGGAGAAUACGACAGCAGCAAGUGAUGAAGAGCCAACAGAAUUAUCCGAAGAAAUAAAGGCCCCAGUAUUAAAAGCAAAAAAGUCAAAGAUAAUAAAAGAGUCUAAAUACGAAUCAACAAAACUUGAAGAUAACGUCGCCCAAGUAUUGCAACGUUUCAAACGCGGCUGCGAGUGUCAAGACGACCAGUGUUUCAAAGGAUUGAAUCCCGAGGCAGUGUAUCGUCACCGUCUAAAUAUCGCUGAGUUAACAAAAGCCGAGCACGAUAUGUAUUUGAUGGGCGUAACAAUGGCAUGUUUGGCAAAUCCAAAUCAAACCGCCCGUCACACCGAACGUCGACGAUUACGUGCUCAGUACGUUUAUCAAGGACGUCGUGUCUGUCUGGACGCAUUUUUGUACCUCGAGAACUGUACCCACUACCAGAUAAAACGCAUACGGAAACAUUUAGUAACCCAUGGUGUGACGCCUCGUGUUCAUGGUAAUCAUGGUAAAAUUCCCCAUAAUACAUUUUCACUGGAUAUUUAUCAAAUAGCAACUGAAUUUUUGAAGUCAUUUAUAAAAGAACAAGAAAUAAAUCAUAAGACAAUAAAAACAUCAAUCAAAAAUUCGACGGGUGUUUCGAUACAUUUGCCAGCUGAGAUAACUCGAAAAACAGUUCACGAUUUAUAUAAAGACUACUGCAGAAAAUUAUCGCCGACGAUAAAAGUAAUGGGUUACUCGACAUUCCGACGUUUCAUGAAAGUACAAUUUCCUCAUAUUAAGUUUGCAAAACUUGAAUUUGUCGUAAGACCACAGCAAAUAAAUCAAAAUCAGUCAUCAAUUAUCAGUAAUAAUGUCAUCAUAAAUGAUAAUAACAAACAAAUGGAAUUGGAAAGAGAGACCGAAACCGGCGAAACGGAAGCAGAACAAACAGAGUCGUUACAUUUUAUAACAGAAACAGCUGAUAUGAUACCAAUUGUUAUUGCCUCUGGUGAUAUCCAACAUGAUAAUGAUAAUAAUUCAUAUUUUAUUACGCCAACAAAUAAAUUACAUGGGGAAUUGAGCUAUCAGUUAACUACUACUGGUUUAUUAGUCAACAGAUCUGGACUUCCAAUAACGGUUGCUAAUAUUAAUUCGUCGUAAAACAUAUUUAUAUAUAUAUAUUUUUUUUUUAUUCGGAAAAUUAACUCUGGUCAUUUUAUAAUUAUUUAGAAUUAUUUCAAUCAUAUAUAUGAUAUGUAACCUACGAAAAGUCAGAUUAUAUUUUUAUUCGAAUAAAAUUUAUAAUAAAUAAAUAAUUAUUUAUAAAUCGAGCUACUAAAUUGUCAUAUAAAGUUUUAAAUA